AUGUUCUCCGGAAGGAGGCAUAACAACAGCAAGACUAUCUCGUCAAAAGUGUCCAUAACGAUUGAUUUGAUGCCCACGGAAGCAUCGAAUUUAGGUUGCAAAGCCUCAAAAAUUCAUCAAUGGUGGGAAAAUGGCCAAUUAUCACAGAAUAUUAAAAAGUCUUAUGAUGAUGCAGAUGCUUACUAG